AUGAGACUGGAGCUAAGGUUUCUGCUUAACUUUUCUUCGAUAAACCCACUUGAUGUGAAUCGAGGAUGCACCAUGGCGCCAAUCGGAGAUAAUAUAUACGAAUGGAGAGCUGUGGUUGAGGGCCCAGUGAACUCUCCAUACGAGGGCGGCAUAUUCUAUAUUCGAAUCAAAAUUCCUAGAACAUAUCCAAUGGAACCACCGCAAUGGAAAUUCGAAACAGCAAUAUACCAUCCCAAUAUUUCGAAGACUUCGGGUGAGGCAGUUCCUGGCCUCUUGGAUCUUAUUACACAGAAUCGUCCCUGGUGCGCGGACCAGACCUUGCUGCUAUGGAUUGUAUCAAUUUGGAAGCUCUUGAAAAAGCCAUCUCAAGAUCCAAUGCACGUUGUAGAAAAGGAUAUUCUACUACAGCUCAAAAGUGACCGCAUAAGCUUCGACCGGACAGCCAGACAAUGGACUAGCAUGUAUGCU